GUCAGUGACGGUUCAAUUGAUCAAAGAGAAGGAGCCGUUUGCAGAACUCUGCACGUCAAGUGUAGUGUGGUACUCAGCUCUUACCUCUUGCAGGUCUCUCCCUCUCUCUCUUCUCUCUUCGUGUAAUUCUUAUCUCCUUCCUUCAACCUUCACCGGAGCGCUGCACCAUCUUGUUACCCUCAUCCACUUGUCACUUUCUGACGAACCUAUCAACAUGGCGCCCACUACCAGAGAGGCUUCCAAGAAGGAGGAGAAGGCUCCCGAUGCGGCACCUCCUGCCUCAGAGGCUGAGCCCGGCUCCAAGCACAAGGCCGAUCCUGAUACGGAAGGCGCCAGCGAAUCGCCCAAGGCCAAGCGGACCAAAACGGAGGUCGCGGAUGACCAGUCGACGAAGAAAGAAACCGAGGAGACCAAGGGUGCUGGUGCCGAAGCCGAGAAGGCCGAGGGUCAGAGAGAGGAGAAGGAUGACCAAGAAGACAAGAAGAGUGCUGUUGAGCCACACGGUCGAGAGGCCCCCGAAGCUGUGCCGUCCAGUAUUCUCGAGAAGGGUAUCAUCUACUUCUUCUUCCGUGGCCGCGUCGGCAUUGAUGAGCCUUCUGCCGUGAAUGAGAUUGCGCGGAGCUAUAUUAUCCUCCGCCCUAUUGAGAAGGACGCCAAGCUUGGAAGCGGUCCCAUUGGUGAUGCUGGCAACAGCCGCUUGUGCGCCAUCCCGAAGAAGGUGCUCCCCCAGUCUGGCAAGGACAGAUGGAUCUCGUUCGUUGAGAAGACUGGCGCUUCGUUUCAGCAGCUUAAGGAUGAGUUUUUGGCGUCCAAUGACUAUGAGACCAAGACAGCAGGUACCAGACACAGUCCCGCCGCAACACCUGUGGCCGAGGGCGUGUAUGCCAUCACCAGCACUGGGUCCGAUAGCCACCUUGCUUACAUUCUCACUUUACCUGAGGAGCUCGGGGAGGUCCAGAAGGAGCUUGGGUUGAAACAGAAGGGUAGCUUCAUCAUCAGUACCAGAAACCCAGAGUAUCCUGCCCCAGCCAAUGCACGUUUACCAAAGGGUCCAGAGUAUCCUGAGGAGGUGCUCAAAGAGUUCCGAUCUCUCCGAUGGAUGUCCACACAGCCCAAGCACCUCGACUAUGUCAAUACUCAGUUCCUUCUCGUUGGCGAGUCGUCCGGUGUCGAAAAGGCUCUUGAGCCGCAGAAGGCCGAUGAGAAAGAAAACAAGGAAACACCUGCUGAGGAGUUGGAGAAGCUUGAGGAGGAGGAUUUACAAAGGCUUAAGGGUCUAAGCGAUGAUGACUCUGGUCGGAUCUUUGCGGACCUUCAGGUCCACGCUGAUGACUAUCCCAAGCUUCAGACCACGUUCUGAGAGUCGAACUGGAGCAACCCGGACUCGUUGAGGAGCUCCCAGCAUCGCCCACCCCGCGUGUGUCAGCGUGCUGAAGCCACUUCUGUCGAUUCCUCUACCAAUUUACAGCAUCCAGUAAGGACAUCAGCCACUCGAGCCAAACCUGCCCCUGUCCGUUUCCGCGCCAACUGAGGGGUAUCUCCGCCCACGACAACA